AUGCGGAUAUACCGUUUCGUAAAAUGGCGGCUUGAGGAGGCUCAGGUAGGCGACGGAACAAACAUUAAAAGAGCCAGUGGGAUGGCGAAGAGGAUUGCCGAUAAAGAGCUAACGGACAGGAACUGGGAUCAGGAGGAGGAAGGGGAGGAGGCCGGGACCUUUUUGGUUGCCAGUGAAGAUGUGCUGAAGAGUCGAGCCAUUAAGAAGGCCAAACGCAGAAACACUGGAGGAGAGGGAGAGAGUGGAGCCGCUUUUAAAGGCUUCAAAGGCUUCUCCCUGACGACGGCGGCGCCCGUGGCAACGCCGGCCUCGACUCCCGCCCCCUUCCCAGGCUUUUCCAACAGUGGAGGGUUUAAAGGUUUCGGCUCCCUGACCAACGGGGACAGCUCCACUCCCUCUUUUGGGAGUUUCUCUUCUCCAACGUCUUCCUCUGCUGCUUCUGGUCUGAUGUUCAACGGGCCGUCCUCCACGAAGCCCGGCGCCUCCGGCUCCUCCCCCUCCGGCCCCGCCGUUGCCAUGGCGCCCGUCUCCGGGCAGACGAAUGGCUCCGCCCCCCUCCCUUCCCCGGCCCCCGGCGGCCAUCGGGAGUACAGCCGCCAGCUCACGGCCCUGAACUGCUCCGUCCGGGACUGGAUCACCAAACACGUGAACGACAACCCCCUGUGCGACCUCAACCCCAUCUUCCGCGACUACGAGCGUCACCUAGCAACCAUCGAGCGCCAGUACGGCGCCGGGUCCCCUCUUCCUCCCCCCUCCUCUUCCUCCUCCGGGGGCCCGGCCCUGUUCUCCUUUAGUAAAAACCAGGACUCGGCCCCGAAAGCCCCCGGAGUCACGUUCAACUUCGGACAGAAGGUGGACAAAUCCGCCCUCCCCUCCUUCCCCUCCUCUUCCUCCUCCUCUUCCUCCUCUUCCUCCUCUAGCCACGCCUCCCUGUUCGGCGCCCCGGGACCCGCGGCGCCGCUCGCCUUCGGUGGAGCGAAAACCGAAGUCGCACAGCCGGAAGCAGAUAAAAAUGAAGACGAGGAGUCGGAGGAGCCGCCCAAACCGGAGGUGAAAGAAGUGAAGGAAGAUGAUGCUUUCUACUCCAAAAAGUGUAAAAUGUUCUACAAAAAGGAGUCUGAGUUCAAAGAUAAAGGCGUGGGAACCCUCCACCUGAAGAACACCUCCGAGGGGAAGACUCAGAUGAUCAUCCGGGCUGACACAAACCUGGGAAACAUCCUGCUGAACAUCAUCGUGCCGCCCGCCAUGCCUUGCUCGCGGGUGGGGAAGAACAACGUGAUGGUGGUGUGCGUCCCCAACCCUCCUCUGGACGAGAAGAGCCCCAGCAGCCCCGUUUCGCUCCUCAUCCGGGUCAAGACCGGCCAGGACGCCGACGAGCUCCACAAGAUCCUGGAGGAGAAGAAGGGCUGA